AUCAGACGUUAAACGUCGUCGAGGAAACGUCCACGGAGCUGUUCAGUGUGAGUUUGUAGCCGCUGACCGGGCGGUUGGAGGCUGUUUUCUGAGCUCCGGCGCUGUUCUCGGGGUUCCUGCUCGGCUCUGACCGUCGAAAUGUGUCCGUCUGCGGCGGCUCGGAGCUGAGAAACACGAAACCAAACUUUGCGGAUUAAACAUGGAGCAGCACGUCGAUGUGCAGCAUGAAGAGCCCGUCCCCCCUCCAGCUGAGUCCUCUGAGCCCUCCAGCAGGAUGACCAGGAGACAGGCUCUCACCUUGAUAUCUAUGGCCUCUGUCAACUUCAGCUCCAUGAUCUGCUACUCAAUAUUAGGCCCUUUCUUCCCUGCUGAGGCGUUAAAGAAAGGAGCCAGCCAGACUGUCGUCGGCCUCAUAUUCGGCUGCUACGCCGUGUGCAAUCUAAUCGGAUCUUUGAUACUGGGGAGAUAUAUUGUUCAAAUUGGUGCAAAGUUUAUGCUUGUUGCAGGACUGUUUGUGUCGGCAGGUUGCACCAUCAUGUUUGGAUUACUCGAUCGGGUUCCCUCAGGACCCGCGUUCAUCACUCUGUGCUUCAUCGUGAGGUCCGUCGACGCUGUGGGCUUCGCUGGUGCGAUGAUCUCCUCUUUUGCCUUGACAGCAAAAAUAUUCCCAGACAGAGUGGCAACUGUUUUGGGUAGUUUAGAGAUUUUCACUGGACUCGGUCUUAUACUGGGGCCACCGGUGGGAGGAUGGUUCUACCAGUCUUUUGGAUACGAAGUUCCUUUUAUGCUUCUUGGAUGUUUGCUGCUCCUCAUGGUUCCGUUCAACAUUUACGUCCUGCCGAACAUUGAGGCAGACGCGUCCAAGGAUUCAUUCUUUACGCUUCUCAGCCACGUAAAAGUGAUCCUGAUCUGCUACGCGAUAUUCACCCUCAGCGCCGGUCUGGGCUUCCUGGAUGCCACGUUUUCGCUGUUUGUAAUCAACAAGUUUCACCUCACGCCUGGCUACGUUGGAAUCAUCAUGCUCGGUUUGUCGUUACCAUACUGUCUGGCAACGCCGCUGAUGGGAUAUUUCACGGAUAAAUAUCCCAGUGUAAGGAUGCCGUUCAUGGUGGUAGGAGGCCUCAUCACAGCGAUUGGGUUCUGGCUGCUCGGUCCGAUCCCCGUACUUAACAUCUCCGGGUGAGUGAGU